AUGCAAGUUACACGAUACUUCGACCGAUUUCCGACCUUUGAACACGAUACCUCUGCUCCAAUCCUUGUCGAGUUUAAAAGGCUCUCCCUGCAUCGGAAUUGGAAAAUCGACUCCAAGAGGUAUCGAAAGAAUCUGAGAGCUUGCUUAAGAGAAGAAUUCAGUCAUCAUUACGGAACGAACCAGUCGAGACUGGACUACUGGCAGAGUUUAUGCAUGGAAGUCGGAGUCCUGCCAGCUCCUUCUACCAUCACUCAAUGCAAGAAGGCCCUUAAUACAGUAUAUGUCAAUAUUGUCGACCUUAUUGAUUCAAGACGUACAGGGGUACCGGUCAUCUCGUUUCCAUCGAAAAGAGCGCUUCGUAGCUACUCAAAGACGCAGAACAAGAUCUUCCCAAAGGCAGAGGCAAAGCGAGAUGGAUUUGUCAAGGUGCUGCUCAUAGACAUGCUCUGA